CAGUCUGAGAAGGAGGAAUGUUUGUUUCUAAGGAAGAAAGAGCUCCACCCCUGGCCACUGCCACAGCUGCUCCCCAGAUAAAUAAGCAAAGCCUUUUCCCUUGGUAUGCCUUCAGCAUGGAUGCUUUUCAAGGGAUUUUAAAAUUCUUCUUCAACCAGAAAACUGUUAUUGGCUACAGCUUCAUGGCUCUGCUGACCCUGGGGAGUGAGCGUCUCUUUUCGCUGGUGGCUUUUAAGUGUCCCUGCAGCACUGAGAACUUGGUCUAUGGGCUGGUUUUCCUGUUUGCUCCUGCUUGGGUGUUGCUGAUUCUGGGAUUCUUUCUGAACAGCAAGUUUUGGAGGCUCUUCACAGGCUGCUGUGUGAAUCCCAGGAAAAUCUUCGCCAAAGGCCACAGCUGCCGCUUUGUCUAUGUCCUCGGCCAGAUCGCUCUGAGUUCAUUGGUGGCUCCGACGAUGUGGCUUUCUGUGGCUCUGCUCAAUGGGACGUUUUAUGAAUGUGCCAUGAGCGGGACCAAAAGUUCCAGACUCCUGGGACUGAUCUGCAAGGGCAAACCCCAAGAGUGCUGGGAUGAACUUCACAAAGUCUCCUGUGGCAAAACCAGCAUGACUCCCGCGGACAACGAAGAAGUGAAGCUGUCCCUUCAAGCCCAGUCUCAGAUUCUAGGUUGGUUCAUCAUUUGUUCGGCAUCUUUCUUCUCUCUGCUCACCACUUGUUGUGCUCGCUGCCGAUCUAAAGUUAGCUACCUUCAGCUGAGUUUUUGGAAGACGUAUGCACAAAAGGAGAAGGAGCAGUUGGAAAAUACAUUCCUGGAGUACGCCAACAAGCUGAGUGAGAGAAACGUGAAAUGCUUUUUUGAAAAAAAGAGGCCAGAUGUCUUCCCCAUGCCCACCUUUGCAGCCUGGGAGGCGGCUUCCAAGCUCCAUUCUUUCCACCAAAGCCAGCAGCAUUACAGCACCCUGCAUAGGGUGGUGGAGGACGGCCUGGACCUUGGCCCUGAGGACGAUGAGACCACAAUGGUGCUUGUGGGUACUGCCCACAGCGUGUAGCGCAUCCACGGCCGCGGACUCGUGGCGUUCAGCGGUACACUCAUUCUGACAUUUUUGCUGCAUCAGUAGUGACCACUGUGUCUCUGUGUUUUCUCACGGUAUUUCCUUGAGGACAAGAACCCGAAGGGAAGAGAUUUGCAGCUCCCAAGAGCAGGCAGUGGCUGGAUGUGCUGAAAUGGAUGCAGUGUGUGUGGUCAAGGAUGGUGAGGAAGGUGCUCUUCCACUGAUGUGACUUGGGGUUCAGUGGCUUCAGGUUCUUCUAUUUUUUUUAAAUAAAUUUUGUUUAUUCAUCUGAGAGAGAAAGAGAGAGCAUGCAUGC